UGAAUGGCUGCUGCUAGUGCUGCUCGGAGGGCGAGGGGAGCAGAGCCCCUCCGUUGAGCCAGAUCUUCCCUCCUCCCCCCCCGCCCUACUUUUGCACAGCGUACCCAUCUGGGUGAGGAGGAGAAGAAGAGGAGGAUGGCUCAAUUUCUCCAGAUGGAGAUCCCCAACUUUGGUAAUAGCAUCUUGGAAUGCCUGAACGAGCAGCGGUUACAGGGGCUGUAUUGUGAUGUCUCAGUGGUGGUGAAAGGCCAUGCUUUCAAGGCACACCGAGCUGUGCUGGCUGCAAGCAGCUGCUACUUCCGGGACCUUUUCAACAACAGCAAGAGCACUGUGGUGGAGCUUCCUGCUGCGGUGCAACCUCAAUCCUUUCAGCAGAUCCUUAGUUUCUGCUACACUGGUCGCCUAAGCAUGAAUGUGGGUGAUCAGUUUCUGCUCAUGUACACAGCAGGAUUCCUGCAGAUCCAGGAGAUUAUGGAAAAGGGGACUGAGUUCUUCCUGAAGGUCAGCUCACCCAGCUGUGACUCGCAAGGCCUGCACACCGAGGAGGCACCUUCUUCUGAGCCACAGAGCCCUGUGGCACAGACAUCCACCUGGCCUUCCGGCAAUACGCCCUUACCCCUGGUCUCUCGUGUAAAGACAGAGCAACAGGACUCAGACUCUGUCCAAUGCACAUUUGUGGUUAAGCGGCUCUGGGAAAACAACCAGAAGGAAGGGAAUAGUGGCGGCAGUAAUGGCAGCCGCAAAAUGGCCAAGAUCUCCUCCCAGCAGGAGUUGAGCGGGGGAAACCGGCAGGUUCAGCAGCAAGUGCAACAACAACAACAACAGGUCCAGCAGCAACAACAGCAACAGGUUCAGCAGCAGCAACAACAGCAGGCAGCACUAACGGGGGGAGGUGGAGGGGCAGGCGUGGUCAGCGGCCCCAGUACCUCAGACCAGACAAGCCCUGGCACCUCCAGUGCUUACACCAGUGACAGCCCCAGUUCCUAUCAUAAUGAAGAAGAUGAAGAGGAAGAUGCACCCGAGGAAGGCUCCGAUGAGCAGUACCGACAAAUCUGCAACAUGUACACAAUGUACAGCAUGAUGAAUGUAGGGCAGACGGGUAGUUUGCCAAAGGCAAACAUGAAGUUUACAAAACAGUUUUUGAUGGACGAGACAAAGCCAAGGAAGAAAGCAUCACUUCCUUAA